AUGGAUUUUUGUUUGGUUGUUUUGCAGGUGAUCAGUGUUGAAGAAAUGGAGUACAUAACCACAGAGAUUUCCAUGGGAAUCCCUUCGUGCCCUCAGAAGCCAUCCAUUGCUUCCAAGCCAUACCCCAUGACGUCUCCUUCAACUAUUAUUAAACUGUCCACUGGUUCAAUUGAAGAGAAGAAGAAACUCUACUCCAUGAACAAUAGUGGGGCCACCAGAGGUGGACCCAAGUCAAAUCUGGAACAUCUUGAAGUCAAGAGCAGUCCUAGAUCAGAGGAUGAUGAGAAAAUCGAGACCCUGAUUCAAUCUCCACCCUCUGAUGACAAUCCAAGUGCUGGUGCAAGUGCAACUAAGGGUGGUACCUCUGUCAAACUGGAGGAAGCAAUUGAGUUUGAAUUGAAACAUGGUCGCUACAUAGACCCUAACAUGGACCCAAAGAAGCUCAGACGGACGAUAUCAAACAGACUUUCUGCCCAGAGAUCCAGAUUGAGAAAGACUCAAUACAUUUAUGAGUUGGAAAAAAAGGUGAAGGAUCUAGAGGCUCACAUAUCCCUUGUCUCUCCUCAAAUAGUACAUUCAAAACACCAUGUGAAGAUGUUGCGACUUGAGAGGAGUGUCUUGAAACAAAGGUUAGAUAGUAUCACAGACAAAUCCAAUCUGCGCCGUG